AACAGAUUCGCAUCGAACCGAACUGUCUGACAAAUAAGCAGAACACACCUUUCCAGCUUCCAAAUCGAACACUAUAUAUACAUUCAACCGAAACCGGCAAUUUCCAUUUCCUCCAUCCGCAGGCAGAAAUGGCGAAACCUGACAAGUCGAAGCCCAAUAUUCCCCAAUACGUCCGUUCCUCCGCCAAAGUCCACCCCGACUUCGAUGCCGACCCCAACUCCUACUCCCUUGAAAAAUUCAAGCUCUACGAGACCAGACAGCGAUUUUACUUGAUCGGAAGCGAUCGGAACAAGCGGCUCUUCCGGGUCUUGAAACUCGACCGCUCGGAGCCCGACGAUUUGAAUAUCAGCGAAGACCCGGUUGUGUACUCGCCGCAGGAGAUCAAGAGCCUGCUCCAGCGAAUCGCCGAGGGCAAUCGCGCCACCGGCGGCCUUACUUUUGUCACCAAGGUUUACGGGAUCGCCGGUUGCAUUAAGUUUCUGGAAUCGUAUUACUUGAUUUUGGUCACCAAGCGUCGCCAAAUAGGAAGCAUAUGUGGUCAUGCGAUUUAUAGCAUAGAGGAGAGCCAGUUGAUUACUAUUCCGCACGUCACGAUUCAAACUGAUGUUGCUCAUUCUAAGACCGAGUUGCGGUACAAGAAGCUUCUAUCCAGUGUUGAUUUAACCAAAGAUUUUUUCUAUAGUUACUCGUAUCCUAUAAUGCAGAGAUUGCAAAAGAAUGUGUUAUCAAUGGGCGAAGAAGGGAUGCCGUUUGAUAAUAUAUUUGUAUGGAAUGCCUAUCUAACACAAGCUAUUCGAUCAAGGUGCAAUAACACAAUCUGGACAAUAGCAUUAGUGCAUGGCCAUUUUAAGCAGAUUAGGCUAUCAAUCUUUGGUAGGGACUUUAGUGUUUCUCUGGUCUCUAGACGCUCUCGGCAUUUCGCAGGAACACGUUACUUGAAAAGGGGAGUGAAUGAUAGGGGAAGGGUUGCAAAUGAUGUUGAGACAGAGCAGAUAAUCCUCGAUGAAGAAGUUGGCUCAUGCAAAGGAAAAAUGAGUUCUGUUGUCCAGAUGCGUGGCUCGAUUCCCCUUUUCUGGUCACAAGAAGCUUCAAGACUUAGUCCUAAGCCUGAUAUUAUAUUACAGAGAUAUGACCCCACAUAUCAAGCUACCAAACUACAUUUCGAAGACCUGGCAAUGAGAUAUGGCAACCCAGUUAUUGUGCUUAAUUUGAUCAAGACUGUCGAAAAAAGGCCUCGAGAAAUGAUGCUGAGGCGUGAGUUUGCAAGUGCAGUUGGGUACUUGAAUCAAAUAUUUUCGAAAGAAAACCAUCUUAAAUUUAUUCACUGGGACUUUCACAAGUUUGCAAAAAGCAAGUCUGCCAAUGUUUUAGCAGUUUUGGGUGCUGUGGCAAGUGAGGCACUUGAUUUGACUGGUUUUUACUACAGUGGCAAACCUAGUGUUGUUAAACGGAGGCUUAAUCAAUUAAGUCAGACAAGCACGGGAAGGGAAUCUGAUGUUAUUCAACAGAAGAAAAAUGAUAAUUUUAGCGGUGAACCACCACAUUUUCAAAGCGGCGUUCUGCGCACGAAUUGUAUUGAUUGUUUGGAUCGUACAAAUGUUGCCCAGUAUGCUUAUGGCCUUGCAGCUCUAGGCCGCCAACUUCAUGCAAUGGGUUUGACAAAUCUGCCCAAAGUGGAUCCUGAUAGCACUAUUGCUGCAGCUCUCAUGGAUAUGUACCAGAGCAUGGGAGAUGCUCUUGCGCAGCAGUAUGGUGGCUCUGCAGCUCACAACACUGUAUUUCUUGAGAGGCAGGGAAAGUGGAAAGCUACAACCCAAUCAAGAGAGUUCCUGAAGUCUAUUAAGCGAUACUACAGCAACGCUUACACUGAUGGUGAAAAGCAAGACGCCAUAAAUUUAUUUUUGGGUUACUUCAAACCACAGGAAGGGAAACCUGCUCUCUGGGAGCUGGAUUCUGAUUACUAUCUUCAUGUAUCUGGAAUUGAUGACCCUCUCUUUGAUGUGUGUUCACAAGGAAAUGAUACACGCUUAGGAGGAAUGGGAGACACUCUUGCCCCUAUUCCUGCUUGCAGAGAAGAUUUUUUGAGGAUGAAGUUGACAUCAUUUGAUAAAUUGAUUGAAAGGACAUGUAGUUCAAUAAAGGAUGUUAGACUUUGUAGUGAACCAGAUCAAAGACCAGGCGGUAGUACUGCAAAUUCAAGUGUGGCACCUGAUGCAGCUGAAAUACAGUUGAAAAGCCCAAAUUGGCUUUUUGGCCAGAGAAAAUACGAAGAAAGUGGCUCUGCACCAAAAGUUACUUCACAUGAAAUUGGUAAUGGAGGAUCCCAUAACAAGACAGGGGUUGAUGGAUUUUGUGACUUGAAUUGGCUUUCUUCUGAAGCCGAUGAUAAUGAGGAGGAUAUCUUCCAGAGGUACCUUUCAAUGACAUCAGUAGAUGAAGCCAAUGGGUGGUACGGUGGGACACUGCUAGGUGAUCAAGAUGAAAGCAGUGAGAUAUAUAAGCACUAUGCUGAGUUAUGUCAGGGCCCUGGCAUUGAGCCUUUAAAAAAUGAUGGUGAAAUGGAGAAGCACUAUGCUGAUGCUCUUCAUAUGGGAACAAUUAACAUUGUAGAUGAUGCAGCUGUUGAGGUAGAGAUGGAAGCCGCCCUCAAGGAAUACGACCAAAUUGGUAGUGAUCUCGGGAGCAUCCCCGCAUCGUGUAAAUCGUUAGCGGAAGAUCCGAGCUGGUUGACGAGGUGGAUCAUUGGUGAAGAGAAAGUUGAGAGGAUUUGAAGAGAGAUAUUUGGUGUUGCGUAUAGUUAUGAUUUUUGUUUCUUCCAUUGUUUCUUAACUAUGAAUGCAAAAGAGGCAAAUAUUUUUGAGUAUUUAUUCUGGUUUUCAAAUUUGGAAUUUUACUGGGAUUUAUCAUCUGGGUAUCCUUUGAAUUAGUUGGGUUUUUGAGAAAAGUAGUGGGUUUUGUUGAUUAAGUGGUUAACUUGGUUAUACUUCUAAAUUGGGUUCGAAUUAGGGUUUUCGAAAUGUUGCUUGCUUGCUUCGUUGUUUGGAAAAUGGAGACACUGACUUUUUUUUUUAUUGCAUUUAUGGAAUACAAGGAACUAUGAACUUCAGGAACUA